AUGGAUACAUUAAUCCGCGAAAAUAAAGUGCAUGCACGCCUGAUCAACAAUGCACUGCUCAACUUUAAAAAAUUGGGGAAGGCGAAUCACAGUCCUGCAGUGAUUCGCAGUCGGAUCAACCUGCUCAAGGAUUACUGGGCCAAAUUCCAAUCAACGCAAGUUCAGAUCGAGGUUGCAGCAACGGAGGAGGACACCAGGGCGAAUCCCUACUUCUCCAGCGACGUCUUCGGGGAUACGGAAGCAGCUUUCCUUGCCGCCCUCGACGCUAUGACGGCAGCCUUACCGACGGACUCCGAACCUGCAAGUAACCCAUGUAAUACGAGUACCGCUUCUUGUAAUCGCGAAUCUGCACUGUCGGUCAAGCUUCCUCGCGUCGAAUUACCUAAAUUCUCCGGGGACUAUACGGAAUGGGAAAAUUUUCGAGACCUCUUUCAGUCUUUAGUUGGCUCUAACGACGCGUUACCGGAGGUGCAAAAGUUGCACUAUCUUAAAUUAAGCUUAAUUGGUGAAGCGUCUCUUCUAUUAAAAAACGUUCCCACUUCCGCGGCGAAUUACGAGGCAGCGUGGAAACUAUUGACCGAUAGUUACGCUAACGAUCGCGCGCUCAUAACCACUCACCUGAAAAUGUUGUUCGACUCACCCCCGAUCGGAUCCGCAGUUCUAAGCGAUUUAAAAGUUGGACAAGGAGUCCCAUCGGGAGUGGGAGUUACGCAUGGGUGA